AUGUUAUUCUUACGGAAACCUCAGGUGCUCGGGGCUUUGGGCGCUUUGAUGUAUGGCGGACAGGCUGUUCAGGGAAUUGAGUUGGACCUUUCAGAUUCCAACUCAAUAAAGCAAGCAGCAAGCACAAUUGCCUACGGCAUGAUGACCUACUACACAGGCAAUGAGACGGGACAACCGGUCGGAUUGUUGCCGAGCCCUUAUUAUUGGUGGGAAGCAGGUGCUAUGUUCGGACAGAUGAUUGAAUACUGGUAUUAUACGGGCGACAGUACAUACAACGACGUGAUCACACAAGGCCUUCUAGCACAAGUUGGGCCUGACAACGAUUAUAUGCCGCCAAACCAGACGAAGACUGAGGGAAACGAUGACCAAGUAUUCUGGGCAUUCGCGGUCAUGUCUGCCGCAGAAUUCAACUUCCCAGCCCCUCCAGCAGGCAAGCCUUCAUGGCUCUCCCUCGCCCAGGCGGUAUUCAACGAACAAGCCAGCCGGUGGGAUACUACAGCAUGUGGUGGAGGACUUCGAUGGCAGAUCUUCACUUGGAACAAUGGAUAUGACUAUAAAAACAGCAUAUCGAAUGGGGGCUUCUUUCAACUGGCCGCACGUCUGGCUAGAUAUACCGGUAACCAAACGUACGCGGAUUGGGCCGACAAGUCCUACGACUGGAUCAUUCAGACCCCACUGUUCACAAGCAACUACGUCAUCUAUGACGGUGCUGAAAUGGCAAACAAUUGCACUAUUGCAGAUGAGCUCCAAUGGACUUACAACAUCGGCACCUACCUCAUGGGUGCCGCAAACAUGUGGAACUACACAACUGGUAAUUCCACCUGGGAAACCCGCAUCCAGGGCAUGCUGAAAGGCAUGGAUAUUUUCUUUCCUCAACAAUACGGCGGUGGGAAGAUCAUGGUUGAGGUCGCCUGCGAGCCUGAAGUUACUUGCAAUUAUGACCAGCCUUCUUUCAAAGCCUACCUCUCACGCUGGAUGGCAGCCACGACCCAGCUCGCGCCCUUUACCUACGACACCAUACAGCCCCUUCUCUACAGCUCAGCGCAAGGCGCCGCCGGGCAGUGCUCGGGAGGAAACAAUGGUCAGACAUGUGGCAGGAUGUGGUACCAGAACACAUGGGACGGCAAAUCCGGUGUUGGCGAGCAGAUGAGCGCUUUGAGUGUUGUCCAGGCGAACUUGAUCUCAAAAGUGGCGCCGCCCGUCACCCAAAACACUGGAGGGACUUCGAAGGGAGAUCCGAGCGCUGGGUCGACUUCAGGUGGACAGCCAACAGUCAUGCUCGGUUCCAGUUUGACAAGAACGAUGACAGCUGGGGAUAAAGCAGGCGCUGGGAUUGCCUUCACCUUCACGACGUCUCCCAAUAAGAAGCGCAAGCUUUCGCUGCCAGAAUCCUCAGAGGACACCUCAAAUACUCAGGAAGUAUCUUCUCCGCUUGACCUCGUCAUCACCGACCCCGCUAUACGUCUCACGUCAUCUCCCUCACCUCCGGCAUACAUACCCAAGCACCUAGUUCUGGAAGGAGCAAGGAAGGGGCGGUCGCCCACCCCAGAGCUGUCAACCACAGCAGCCAGCUCACCUAGUGGCGCUUAUGCUGGGUUGACCCUUGAUAGUGACGGUUACGCAAGCGGGACAGAGACUGCUGGGCCUAACAAGCGCAGAGGCUCGUUGGCAAGUAGCGGGUUAAGAGGUGGGACAUCAAGUCCUAUUCGGUCAUCAUCACCGGCAAAGAGGAGGGCUUCAGCUAUGGCGAAUGAUGAUGUGGAUAUGGAGAGCCAAGAUGCUGGCUCGAUUUCCGGUAGUGGAAUUAAAAAUACGGCGAACACAGCGAAUACAGCACGGUGGAACAGCAAGAGUCAGGGAACGAGGCACAAGAGAGAGACGAGUGUAGAUAUGCUUGCUCAAGAAUUGGAUCCCCAGAGUGCCACGUCUUCUACAAGUUCCACGUCUGGUGGUGAUGGAACUGCAUCGUCAACUUCGAGCAUGCCGACAUCUGGCGACAUCCCUCCCAUCGAUGAUCAGAUCAAUCAGGUCCAGCAACUGGCUCAGCAGGGCUCUAUGCGAGAAGGCCAGAAAGGCUAUAUUGUAGCCACCAAGUGGCUCAACCGCGUACUUGCAAGAGGAACUGAUGGCGCAGGCUCGGACAAGUAUGGCAAGGAAGCAAGAGAAGGGGCAAUCGGACCUGUCGAUAACACUGGAAUCAACUUGGUGACAGAUCGAGAUGCAUCUCCUUUCAAUGAUGAGGCCGGCGAACCGUUCGUCCCUCUUGCUCCCGGCUUGAAUCUUGGUGAAGACUUCGAAAUUCUACCGGAGGCCGCGUGGGAACUCAUCAUGAAAUGGUAUACACUGGCCAAAGGAUCUGCUAUCAUUAGGAGGUAUUGUCAUAACACCAGCACCAGUGAGACCCAGGAGAACCUUCAGUAUGAGCUACAUCCUCCUGUCUUCACCAUUCUGAAGCUUCCCAACAGAAGCGAGGCGUUGACAGCGAAAACUCUGAAGGAAAAGGAUGCAACACCGGUGAAGAUCCUAGCUAGUAGGCAUGAGCUCUAUCAGACUUUCCUUAAGCGAGCAAAAACGUUCUCCGGCAUUGAUCUGGGAACCAGAGUCCGCAUUUGGAGAAUUCUUGGCGGUUUAAGAGGGAAGUCUGGCGCAGAAAUGAUGACACCUGCCCAGUCACGAAGCACUUCGCCUGCUCCAGGAGCUAUUCUGUCCGUGGACCCUGGCACCAAGCUCGUUGUUGACGCAAGCGAAUUCGCAGGCUUACAGCUCGGAACUCAGCGUGAGCUGGUCGAUGUCAACGACGAGACAGCCAAUGUUAAAUACAACGGCCAUUUGAGCCUGGAUGUCGCUGGGCUUCGGCAAAAUGAGGUGAUCGUGCUCGAAGAAAUGAUUGGUGGGCCCGGUGGAGGAGAGUGGGUAUCCGAUAAUGCGGCAUCGAAGAUCAAGUUGCAUGGCAAUGUUCCUAUCAGCAUCACUAAGAGCGGCAAUACCACGGUCAAGGACUCGCUCAAGCCAACUGCAAAUACUAGUAGAGCGACUAGUCCGGCUCCGAACGGGAUAAUGACCCGUGGUCGCACGGCAAAGAAUGGUCGUGUCCGAGGCACUGUUGGCUUGAACAACUUGGGGAACACGUGCUACAUGAACUCGGCUCUGCAGUGUGUCCGAAGCGUGGAAGAGUUGACGCAUUACUUUCUCGAGGACAGGUGGAAGCCCGAUCUGAAUACGGACAAUCCCCUCGGUCACAAUGGAGCGGUGGCAAAGUCUUAUGCAAGUCUUCUCAAAGACAUGUAUGCCCCGAAUUCCCUGAGCUCAUUCGCUCCCAGGAGUUUUAAAAACGUGAUUGGCAAAUAUGGACCGUCCUUUUCAGGCUGGCAACAGCAGGAUUCUCAAGAAUUUUUGCUAUUCUUGCUCGACGGUCUCCAGGAGGAUCUGAAUCGUGUCCAAAAGAAGCCCUACGUCGAAAAACCAGAUUCUACGGACGAAAUGGUUCAUGAUCCUGUAGCAUUACAGCAAAUGGCGGACAAGUGUUGGGAUAUCUACAAGGCACGGAGCGACUCGGUCAUCACAGAUCUAUUUGCAGGCAUGUACAAGUCUACCGUCAUUUGCCCGGUCUGCGACAAGGUCAGCAUCAUAUUCGAUCCGUUCAACAACCUCACCCUGCAACUACCGAUUGAGAGCCUUUGGUCAAAGCCCAUAUUUUUCUUUCCCAUGCGCGGAACGCCAAUUAGCGUUGCUGUAGAUAUCGACAAGAACGCGAGCUUUAUGGCCCUCAAAGAGUACGUCGCCGGCAAAUUUCCAGGGGUCGAAGCCAAGCGGAUGAUUGUUGCAGAAAUCUACAAAAACAAAUUCUACAAAUUCUUUGGGGAUAAGACCUCUAUCAGCGACGAGCACAUUGUCGAAGCCGACCAGAUUGCGAUAUACGAGGUAGAGGCCAAGCCUACUAAUUACCCUUCUCCAAAGAAGAAGACUUCCGGUUUCAAGAUGUACAACUUCAAUCGUGACGACGAUGACAUCCCAGAGGGUGCAUCUCCCUUGGCAGAAAAGAUGAUGGUACCUGUGUUCCAUCGUCGAGUGAAGGAAAACUUGUCGAAGUACACGCAGAAGCAAGUCUUUGGGGCUCCCUUUUUCAUCGUUGUCACUCCUGAGGAAGCCAAAGACUACGACAGAAUCUUACAAAAGGUCCUGGCCCGAGUGGAAAACAUGACGACCCGGGACUUCCUGCGAGAGGGUGCUGAAUCCCAAGAUGGACCUGGAGGAGAAAUUGACUCUGCCACAGAGGACUCAGACACUGUUGUUAUGCACACGGACGAGGCAGACUCAUCCACAGACUCCGGCGUGCAAUCCAAAUCUUUAGAGAGUGAAGACGGGAUGAUCGAUAUCUCUAUGCGCGACGGCGAGGAGACAGCCCCUCCAAAAUCCAACCUUCCUGAGCUAAACCCACUGGCCCCUAUGCUCCGGCCUGGAGCCUUCAUUACACCUGGCGUCAGGAGCCUCUUUGAGAUGAGAUACAUCGCAUCUAACGGGACCGAGAUGAUACCCACCGGCUUGACGACUCUGUCUGACGAGAGCAAAACUUACCCAACCAUUGCUUCAAGGAAACCAGAGCCUUCAGGGGGAUCCCCUGUCAGGGCAAAAAUGAGUGUAAUGGAACGAAUUUCGGAACGUCAGAGCCGGGCGGUGAGCCCACCCUCCAGCGAUGAAGAUGCAGAUGAUGUACCACCUGCGGCACAAGCUCAAGCUCAGGAUUCUGCCGACGAUUCGGAUGGACUCCCAGAGGUUGCAGAAUUGGCUCAGCCUAGAAUGGGCUUUGGUACGUUUGGCAGGAACACACAGCGCAAUAGUAAAGGGCUAAUCACAUACUCCCGGAAAGGCAAUCAGUCAGCCUCGAAGCUGCGGCGUGAUGGAGACACCUUACCGGGCGAAAGCUUACCGUUAAUACACUUGGGUGAAUCCAUUCUGCUCGACUGGACCCCAGAAGGCUAUGAUGCUCUCUUCUCUGGGGCUACUCAUCGUGCGAAUGAAGAAAUGCGGGGUUCACGUACUUGGGAGAACGUCAGCACUUUGCCAGAUCCGGAGCUGGAAGAAAAGCGAAAAUCUCGUUACAGUCGAAGAAAGAACGGCGUCACUCUUGGCGACUGCCUUGAUGAGUUCGGAAAGCCAGAAAUCCUGUCUGAAAGUGAUGCUUGGUACUGUCCAAGGUGCAAAGAACACCGUCGCGCCAGCAAGCAGUUCGAACUGUGGAAAUCGCCCGACAUUCUUGUCAUACACCUCAAGCGAUUCAGCGCACAAGGUCGCUUCAGAGAUAAGCUCGAUGUCUCCGUCGACUUUCCAAUCAAGGGCCUGGAUCUGACUACUAGAAUGGCCAUGCAGGAAGCGGGAAAGAGUCCAAUCUACGAUCUCUUUGCGGUAGACAAUCACUACGGCGGUCUUGGAGGCGGUCACUAUACUGCAUACGCAUCCAACUUCAUGGAAGAGAAUCAGACCUGGUAUGAAUACAAUGACUCCUCCGUAUCGCGCAGAACAGACCCCCAAAAGGUGGUGACAAACGCCGCCUACCUCCUUUUCUACCGACGUCGCUCUGUCCACCACCUCGGCGGCCCGAACUUCGAGUGGCUUUCGACCCCCGAAACCAACUCGUCCGAAUCCCAGCCAACCUCCCGUGCUACAUCACAGGCGGGGGAAGGCAAGCGUCUCGACGACUCCUCCCGCAAUGGCUCGUCGAGCGCUUUACGCGGAGUAGGAGCAGCUCACCAAGCGGGAGGUGGUGGCUCGGCGGCAGAAGGAGUGAUGAUCGGUCCGAUGAGGACAGGAGUUGAUGAUGACUUGCCUGCUUAUGCGGAAAGCGAUCCUAACGGCGCUCCCACAGUUGACCCAAGGGGUCUGAACGUGGAGCCAGACAUGGAUGAAGACGACGAGGGAAUCGGCAUGGCGCCAGGGCCUUUAACCUACGUCAGUCCUAAAUCGGACUGGAGUUUCGAUCGCCUGGGUUACGGAGAAAACGAACAAAUUACGGCCGCACCUCAUACCAGUGACAACGACGAGGACUUGUUUGCAGGGGAUAACAGCAGCACUAAAGCGGCAGGCAGCUCCUUCAGCAAUGGUGAUGGCGAUCGUAUGUUGGAUUUCCAAACGGAUGAGGGGACUACUAUGGGGCCAUUUGCGACACCGCCGGACGAUGAGGUACCUCUUGAUGUGCCGUUGAUGCAGGAUCAAUACGAGGAGACGGUGGCCGAGGUGAUGAUUUCGGAGAAUGAUGAGUUCAAAAUGGACUGA